AUGAACGACGUCCACGUGUGUACAGAGAGCUGAAAUCUUCGCGGUCUGCGUCUGCACCGCCACAGUUGAGGCAAUUUGCUGACGUGUUCUUUUUCAACCCCGCCGCCGUCCUUCACCAUCGGCCCACUGCGGCUACCUGUCUUCUUAUUUUCAUCCUAUUUUUUUAACCAGAACAACGUUGAUGGUGAUGGUCUUUUCGUACGAACAGACAAGGGUUCUAUGAGCUUGCGCGAGUAUACUUGUCUCCGCGGGCGAAUCAAGUUCGCGUGAGUACCGGCGGCUCAACGAUCGGGGCGCGACGCCAUCUCGUCGAUCUGACUCCUCAGUGCUCACCAUCUGUGUGAUGUCCUUCGAGCAGUCGGUUGUGCGGGAUGCACUAGUAAAGGCAGGAAUCACCACACCUGACCCCAUCAGUCGGCAUGCCGAGGUCAACCAGACGUGGACUCCGGAGUACCACACGCCUAAGGAAUUCAACCUCAAGGACGCGUUCAGGCUCAUUCAAGCCAAAACGCAAAGCAACACUACUGUGUGGGGACGUCUUGGACCUGCAAAACAACGAGAUAUUGUCAAAUAUGUGAGUUGCGCGGAACCUGCCAGUCUUGUACGGAGCGUGCGCUUGCUCGGGCACUCACUCGUCACUCUCGUUCAGAUUCGUGAGCGCACGGCUUUCUUAAGGGUCACAUCGGGCGACUGGCUCUAUGAAGAACUUGUUAUUGAUGUGUUGGCGAAUGUCCGAGCCGCGUAUAGACUGCAGUACGACCGUGAAGCCUGUCGGUUGGCGGGAAUCAUGUGACGGCUUUCCAGGGCGGACAUCACAAGAUUGCGCAACGAGUUAG